ACCGUGGGAUCAUCCCAACUAAUCCUCUUCUGGGGGGAUGAGAUGCAAAGCCAGGCUGCAAGAAGCCCAGCCAGCCAGGCACAAUGCAGGGAAGGCUGCAAGGUCCUGCCCGUGCGUCCUCUUACAGGUGUACUCUAACCUUGUGUAUGUGUGCGUAUGUGUAUGAAUGGCUGGAUGUGUGUAUGUAUGUAUGUAUGUAUGUAUGUUUGGACGUAUGCAGGUACGUACGGAUGAAUAGAUGGAUGUCGUCCAACUUUGUCAUUUCGACAACUCGAGGGCUGUGGAAUCUCGGAUGUCACGCCGUCGUCGUCCUCGGGCAGGUCCUCCACGAGGGAGCCAGUCCGAAUUGUGACCAGUCUAACCGCUGGUGGAGUUCGAGACCCUCAAGGAGACCGGAGAUCGAUCCACUCCGGCAGUGUGGCUGAGGGCGUUAAAGCAAGCCGAUAAUACCAGACGGCGUCACUAAUGUGAUU